UUGUUGGGACUAGACUGGUUCCGAGCAUUGGGCAUGGGAGUGACUGGCAUCUACAGAAAUGAUUUUAACCUAAAGGACACACUCAUGGACGAAUUCGAAGAUGUUUUCAAGGACUGCCUGGGCAAGUACAAGGGGACCCCUAUCUCUUUCAAUUUAGACCCCCAGGUAGCCCCCAUACGGUUGAAAGCAAGGAGGGUCCCUUUUGCCCUUAAACCCAAGAUUGACAGGGAGAUAGACAAACUAGUCAGUCAGGGGAUACUAGUGCCAGUCGAUCAUGCAAAGUGGGAGACGCCAAUCGUCACCCCAGUGAAACCAGAUGGGUCAAUUAGAAUCUGCGCUGAUUACAAGGCAACUUUAAACAAAGCCUUGCAAAAAAGCGCUUACCCGGUCCCAGUGGUGCAACACUUGCUGCACUCGCUGGGGCAAGGGCACACAAUUGUGACUCACCGAGGUGCUUUCAAGUGUACCCGGUUACAGUUUGGGGUGAGUGUGGCACCUGGGCUAUUUCAAAAUUUAAUGGAGCGACUUCUGCAAGGGCUCCCGGGGGUGGUCCCCUAUUUUGAUGAUGUAUUGGUAUCAGCCCCACUGUUGGGGUUACUGGCUGGCGACCGCCCAACGCCUGUGGCACUCUCGCCCCGAUUGACCCGAUGGACUAUCUUUUUAGCCGCCUACUCCUAUAAACUGCAGCAUCGGCCAGGAAAGGAGUUGGGGCAUGCGGACGCGUUAAGCAGAUGCCCACUGUCAGGGGCGAUCGAGGACCCCACUCCGAGGACGCCCAUACUGUUAAUUGACUCUCUGGACUCUGGCCCAGUCACGUCUAAGGAGGUGGCUCGGGCGUCAUACCGGGACAUUACUUUGAGAACUGUAAUCAGUUGGGUCCAAAGAGGGUGGCCCGCUGCGUUGGGCGAGCGUUUCAAAGAAUUUGUCAAGAAAAGCGGGGAAUUAUCGGUGCAAGGGGGGUGCCUGCUCUGGGGGGAUAGGGUGGUAGUUCCAGAGAAAUUGAGGGGAAAAGUUCUGGAACUUCUGCACGAAGGUCACCCUGGGAUCGUGAGAAUGAAGGGUUUAGCUAGAAGCUAUGUGUGGUGGCCCCUAAUGGACAAGGAGAUUAGCGACAAGGUUGGCAAAUGCCAAAGGUGCCAGGAGUCCAGACCACUACCACCAACGGCCCCAGUCCGGGAGUGGGAGAAACCCCAAGGCCCUUGGUCCCGUAUACACAUAGACUUCGCGGGCCCCUUCCAUGGCCAAACGUUUCUAAUAGUGGUGGAUGCAUUCUCCAAAUGGCUGGAGAUCAUCCCAAUGAAAUCCACAACCGCUGAAGCUGUCAUUUCAGCACUAAGGCACCUCUUCGCUACGCACGGGCUGCCGGACACUCUCGUGUCAGACAAUGGGCCACAAUGGCAGCAACAGAAAAAAGAUGGCAUUAAGCCAGCCCCCCACUUCUAG